AUGCUGCGACUGAGUCGCCCGCACAAGACGGCGCUGCCGAAGCUCAUCAAUGAGGUCCGUCGCACUCCUGCGUAUUUGCGACAUGCCCCACCGAGUUUAUACGUGACGUGUGACUUUGAGAAGGCUGCGAGACACACAACACUGCUUGUGGACGCUUCGGUCGAGGGUGAACCCCCUCUGACGAAUGGUGCCUACGUGCUUGCCUCUACAGAGGGCGAUGAUCUUGACUUUCGUAAGGCGCAGAGCGUCCUCGUUGGCCUCCCAUUCGCGCAAGACGCAUCGCAGGCCUCACGCUUCGUCGAUGCCGUGCUGCGUCCCGCUCUAACCCGCAGCGGCAUGGCAAUCCCGUUUGAUGGCAUCCAGACAAUAAUCCUACCUGAGCCGCAUCCUUUCGCCGCGCACACCGUCAAGGAGAUCCUUUCGCGCUUGCCGCAAGUGAGGUUUGCGUGUAGUUCGUUGAUGGCGGCGUUCCUUUCUGACACCGACUUCUUCUCGGGCGUGCGAAAGUCCUUGUGCGAGAACGACGCACAUCUCCCUGCAAAGCUGAUUACAUUUGCUGAUGUGCCACAGGCAAAUCUUCAGCCACUAGAGGACGGCGCGGUGGUUCCAGUCUCCGGAGAAUGUCGCAAGCUCCUCGUGGCGACGGGCGAUCUCUCACGCGCACGUGAGAGGUGGCGGCGGGAGCGGCGCAACAAGCUAAAGCAUUUUGAGUCCUACACGCUUUUUCUGUAUGACCCGGCCUUUUGCGCGAUGCUUGCGCCUCCCUCUGCCGGUGUGCACUUUGAUUGGAUGCCGUUUGUCGUCCAUGAGGCAGACGCUAAUGCACUCCUGCCGUUACCGGAUUUUUUUUCUAUCCAGAAGUCGGGCGGAUCCUCCCUGAUGGAGGUAUGGAGGCUCCGUGAGCAGGUGCACCGAGUGACAACCGCGCUGGAGAAGUUUCCGGAGACACAGCGUGUGCUGACUGCGUGCUACGGUGAAGUUUCUGGUGGCGCCGAUGGCUACCUGGAGCGACUGCAGCUGACAGUGAAGAAGUUGGAGGAGCUACGAAGUCGUCUUGGCCACCGGCUGGUCACUGACACCGUGCGGGACAUGGAGAGGUGGAGCACCGUCAUGGAGGAAAAGGUAUUGAAGGAAGUUGUUUUCACAAACACGGCGGAUAAGACGACAUCGGAUGUGGUGCUGGCGGAGUACAGGCGGUGGGCAAGUACCGCGUACUUGGGAAGACUCUCACGCGCACUCGUGCAUGCGGCUGCCACACUUCCGCCUGAUGCCCUGCCGGAACCGGCUAAAAAAGCAUCAUCGUCGUUAGCAGCGAAAAAAGACGUUGAGGGGGCGGCCGGGGUGCAGCUGCUGAAGCGUCACUUUGAGGGGCGAGGGAUGGCCUCACUCGCGCCGGUGCUAGAGCGGGAGGAGAUCGACGUCGCCGUGUUCCUGGCAAUGAGCCCAGAGGACUGCAAGAAGGUGUUUAGGGCUACUUUUGGUGUGGUCAAAAAGAUGGAACUGCUGCAGCAGGAACUUCGUGCGUCACAUUAG